CGCGCGCAGUGAGCACGCGCGCGCGAGCGGUGGUGGUGGGCACAUCCGCGCGGGAGAUACCGCGAGUGGUACAGAGUGGGAGAGGCGUGCGAAGCGGCGCAGAGUAGCGAGAGGCGAGGAGGUGUGUGGCGCGCGCGUGCGGGCACUGUGCGGCCGUCUGGGAAAUGUGAGCCCAACCAGACCGACGCAGCAUGGCCACGAUUCUGAAAUGGUGGAAAAUGAAGAUGUUGGGAGGGUAUAAACACAUGCCAGGCUUCGUCUCGGAGAGCGACUGCGCCCACUCGGCGCUGGCGGGCGGCUCCCGGCGCUCCUCCUACUGCUGCCGCGGCCACCCCUGCGCCAGCUCGACCGACGAAACGCGACUUUACGAAUCCGACGAUGACGAGGCGGACGCGUGCAGCGUGGCCUCGGGUGACACGCCUCGCCGCGGCGACCCUCCGGCGACCCCGCCGGGCCCGGCCAGCCCCGGCCGCGCCCCGCCCAGGGACGAGUUCAACUUCACCCUGUACGACUUCGACGGUCACGGCAAGGUCACAAAAGACGACAUUGCCGGCCUGGUGAAGGCCAUCUACGAGGUGGUCGGGUCGUCGGUGCACGUGCCGCCCAGCGGCAGCAAGACCAUCAACGUCAAGCUAACGGUGACGCCGGAGCAGCGGCGCCUGAGCGCCUAUGGCCGCGUCGGCCGCCGCCGCGGCGCCGCGCGACCUCAGUAUCACGAUCCGGAGCGGGGCGGGGACGACCUUGACCUGAAGGCGCGCCUGGAGGCGCGUCGGCCGCGCUUCAACUCGAUGCGCGGCCAGCAGCCGGCCGGCUGGCGCGGCAGGUCCCCGGGCGCCCCAGCCGACGACGAGCCGCAGCGCGGGCGGCGCGAGUUCGCCGUCGACCCCGUCCGCCGCCGCCAGCUGGUCGAGAUGCUCCAGCACAGCAUGGAGAAGAACAACCUCAAGUUCAACAAUCUGAACUGUACCGCCUACCCCCAGGACGUAGUGCCCACCAGCUGUACCGCCUACCCCCAGGACGUAGUGCCCACCAGCUGUACCGCCUACCCCCAGGACGUAGUGCCCACCAGCUGUACCGCCUACCCCCAGGACAUAGUGCCCACCAGCUGUACCCCUAUCCCCAGGACGCGGCACAACUCGGACCGGGAACAGCUAAAGCACCGCAACCGCGAGCGCGACCACUGCCGCGCCAUGCAGCAGGUGCUGAGCUGGCUGGAGCGCGAGCACCCGGCGCCGGACCAGAAGGUGGAGCACCACCACAUGCACGAGCACGUGCACCACCACUACCACCACUUCCCGAAGGAUGCCGUCAUCUUGUGA